AUGUCACAUUGUCACGCAAGUCUUUGUCUGUGCAGUGAAAGACCUGCAAUGUCAGUCAACUCCACUCCCAAACACUUUGUUCUUACUCUCUUUCCACCAACCUUCCUUCAACUCCAAACAUAUCCUAAAUUUAUUCUGUUGCAGACACUUCCCAACAUUCUCUUCUUGUUCUAUCCCCCAUGUUGUUGUUUCUCUUCACCCUCAAUCCAGUUCAAAUAAAAUACUCACUCACACACCCCAAAUAGAUACACAUAUAUUCAUAUAAUAGUGAAGCAUAAUCACAGUUCAAAACUCAGUACCAGACACUGCUAAGAACAUGGGCAGGUAUGAGUAUAUCCCCACUUCUUUCCUCAGUAUUUUGUUCAUUUUUUGUUUCUGUCCCAUGGUGUUGUCCCUGCUGUCUCAAAACCAAACAGAAACCAUGAUCAAUCUCUCAAAGAACCUUCCUCCCCCUGUUCCAUGGAAUGCCUCAUACCCACCAUGUUCAUGGAUGGGAGUGGAUUGUGACCCUACCAAUUCUUCUGUAAUAGGGAUAUCUUUAAUUCGGUAUUCACUGUCUGCUUCUGACUUUCUGCCACUUGUUUGCAAAAUUCAAACUUUGGAGCAUUUUGAUGUCUCCAACAACCGUCUGAGCUCAGUCCCAGAUGGUUUCAUCAUUGAGUGUGGAAAGAUUAAGGGGUUAAAAAAGCUGAAUUUCAGUGGAAACAUGUUAGGGGGUGAUUUACCAUCUUUUCAUGGUUUUGAUGCAUUGGAAUCCCUUGAUAUGUCCUUCAAUAAUUUGGAAGGGAGUAUUGGUAUUCAGUUAGAUGGAUUGGUUAGCCUCAAAAGUUUGAAUCUUACUUUCAAUAACUUCAGUGGGUCUAUUCCUACCAAACUAGGAAAUUCCACGGUUUUGGAGCAUCUUGUGCUUUCUGUCAAUCACUUUGGUGGAAAAAUCCCUGAUGAAUUAUUGAGUUAUGAAAACUUGACCGAGGUUGAUUUUAGGGCAAAUCUUCUCUCAGGGUUCAUUCCUAGCAAUAUUGGGAAGCUUUCUAACCUGGAAAGUUUGGUUCUUUCCUCUAAUAACCUCACUGGUGAAAUUCCAGCUUCCCUUUUGAACCUCACAAAGCUUUCAAGAUUUGCGGCAAAUCAGAACAAUUUCAUAGGUCCUGUACCUCCUGGGAUUACAAAUCAUCUCACGAGUUUGGAUCUUAGUUUUAAUAAAUUGUCUGGACCCAUUCCAGAAGACCUUUUAUCCCCAUCACAGUUGCAGGCUGUAGAUUUGUCAAAUAAUAUGUUAAAUGGGUCGGUGCCUACAAAAUUUUCUCCAAACUUGUUCAGGUUAAGGUUUGGGAGCAAUCAUCUGAGUGGAAACAUUCCUCCAGGUGCUUUUGCAGCAGUUCCAAAUUUGACAUACUUGGAGCUGGAUAACAAUGACUUGACCGGAACCAUACCGGCUGAAUUGGAAUCAUGCAGGAAAUUGGCGUUGUUGAAUUUAGCACAGAAUCACUUGACUGGUGUAUUGCCACCACUGCUUGGCAAUCUUACCAAUCUUCAAGUCUUGAGGCUUCAAAUGAACGAGCUUAAUGGUACAAUCCCUAUUGAAAUUGGCCAACUUCAUAAGUUGUCAAUACUGAAUUUGAGCUGGAAUUCUCUGGGUGGAUCAAUUCCAUCUGAGAUUACAAAUUUGAGCAGUCUUAAUUUCCUGAACUUGCAAAGCAACAAUCUGAGUGGUUCCAUACCAACAUCCAUUGAAAACUUGAAACUUCUAAUAGAACUCCAACUCGGGGAAAACCAGCUAAGUGGUGUGAUACCAAGCAUGCCGUGGAAUCUGCAGGCGUCACUGAAUCUUAGUAGCAACCACCUUAGUGGUAAUAUUCCCAGCAGUUUUGGUACUUUGGGGAGCCUGGAAGUCUUGGAUCUCUCAAAUAACAAAUUAUCUGGUCCAAUUCCCAAGGAACUAACUGGAAUGUCAAGUUUGACACAGUUGUUACUUGCCAACAAUGCACUGCUGUCUGGUGAAAUUCCAAAAUUCAGUCAACAUGUUGAAGUUGUAUAUUCUGGGACUGGUCUGAUAAAUAAUACUUCACCUGACAACCCAAUAGCCAACAGGCCCAACACUGUCUCUAAGAAGGGAAUAUCUGUCGCUGUGGCAGUUCUCAUUGCAAUCGUAGCGGCUAUUGUUCUUGUUGGCCUUGUCACCCUGCUCGUUGUGUCAGUGUCACGACAUUAUUACAGGGUUAAUGACGAGCAUUUACCGUCAAGAGAAGAUCAUCAGCAUCCUCAGGUCAUCGAAAGCAAAUUAUUAACUCCUAAUGGAAUACACAGAUCAAGCAUUGACUUCUCCAAAGCCAUGGAAGUUGUUGCUGAAGCAUCAAAUAUUACUCUAAAAACAAGGUUUUCAACUUAUUAUAAGGCCAUCAUGCCAUCUGGAUCAAUGUAUUUUGUCAAGAAACUGAAUUGGUCUGACAAGAUAUUGUCAGUGGGAAGUCAUGAUAAAUUUGUGAAAGAGCUAGAAGUCUUGGCAAAAUUGAACAAUUCAAAUGUCAUGACUCCUUUGGGCUAUGUUCUGUCCACCGAUACUGCUUAUAUACUAUAUGAAUUCAUGUCAAAUGGUUCCCUCUUUGAUGUUCUUCAUGGAAGCAUGGAAAACUCUUUAGAUUGGGCUAGCAGAUACAGUAUAGCGGUUGGGGUGGCUCAAGGACUUUCUUUUCUUCACGGAUUCACCUCUAGUCCAAUACUACUCCUUGACCUGUCAAGUAAAAGUAUUAUGCUGAAGUCCCUUAAGGAGCCUCUAGUUGGGGACAUCGAACACUACAAGGUGAUUGAUCCCUCAAAGAGUACAGGAAAUUUUUCUGCAGUUGCUGGUUCAGUUGGUUAUAUUCCUCCAGAGUAUGCAUACACAAUGACAGUAACAAUGGCUGGGAAUGUGUACAGCUUUGGUGUCAUUCUGCUUGAACUGCUGACAGGAAAACCUGCAGUGACAGAGGGAACGGAAUUGGUCAAGUGGGUUGUGCGUAAUUCAACAAACCAGGAUUACAUUCUUGAUUUUAAUGUCAGUAGAACAUCACAAGCAGUCAGAAACCAGAUGCUUGCAAUUCUCGAGAUUGCUCGUGUUUGUGUUAGUACAUCCCCAGAAUCAAGACCAAAGAUGAAGAGUGUUCUACGAAUGCUCUUAAAUGCUAGAUGAAGUCGGAUUUUUCAAGGUUGCACUGCAUAUUUAAGGAAUUUUUUGUUUUGUUUUGGGUAAUGCUUUAAUUCUAGAAAAUAUGAAAGGUAGAAUUAAUGAUAGGAUUGGAUUUGCUCAAUACUUCUAUGGUGUGUCAACAGUGUACAGUAAAUCAGUUUACUAGUGGUAGACAUAUAGCUCACAGAUAUAAUAAUGGAUGGAUGUCUUAUUCUUAUGAAUGCAGAGUUAGUAGACUUAUAGUUCAAGGUUUAAUGUUCCCAUUUUAACUUAUUUUAGAUUAAUAAACUUUAUUUUUUAUGCA